AUGGUACCAACAGCAUCAGUCGAUGCUACAGCAAAAGGAAAACUCCGGCGUCAAAAAGCUAAUUACCGAGAACGAAAUAGAAUGCAUGGAUUAAACCGAGCAUUGGACAAUUUAAGGCAGUGUGUACCAUUAACUACUCAACAUCAGAAAUUAUCAAAAAUUGAGACACUUCGACUCGCAAGAAAUUAUAUAGCCGCGCUUAACUACAUAUUAAGGAGUGGUACACAGCCAACACCACUGGAAUAUGCUUUUAUGCUUAGCAAUGGGAUGAGCCAAACAACAACCAAUUUAAUUGCUACGUUAUUAAAUGUUCAGCCAAGGCUUUUAACUUGCAAUCAGCCAAACAACAACUAUUUCAAUUUUCACAACGCCAACAUCAACUAUUACGCAAAUGAUAUUAGCCACAAUAAUAAUAGUACUUAUAAUAUUGACAACAGCAAUCUUCACACCAAUUCGACGAUUAUUGUAAAUCCACCACACUUAAUUGACAAAAAUAAUUCAUCAGACGACUUGUAUGCAUGCCCAAGGUGA